AUGUUUAUGUAAAUCUAGUUUAGUACAUAUAUUGUAUUUUGAUCAUCUUAUCAAAAGUUUUGAUUGUAUUUCUCAUCAGAAGGCAAAUAACAGAGAAACGCUUUUCUUACACUGAGGAAGUUGCACAUUGCUGUCUAUAGACAACAACAACAACAACCCAAAAAAACAUUUCGUAAUUUUACUACAUUUUCACAAAGAAAGGUGACUACGCGGCCAUACAGGAGCAGAUAACUUGAUAGCACAAAUUUCAGCACUUAUUUUGUGCCUGGUAAAGCAGUUUGCUGUUGGAGCCAUGAGUGAUGCAGAUGCUUUUGAAGAGGAACUUGCUGAGGCCAAGGCAGUCAUACCAACCUUGGAGGGUUUCACACUUGUAACAUGUGUAGCAGCACAAGUCAGAGCAGGUUAUAAGAAGACAGAUCAUAAGCAGCUGAAUGUCAUAUUACAGUUUCCUGCUAAAUAUCCACAUGAACGUAUUGUCACUGAACUUACCAGUAAAACACUAUCAGAAAAAUUACUUCGUGGGCUAGUCAAAAUGUGUGAUGAAGAGGCGAAAAAGCUUGUUGGCCAAAAACAGAUUUUACCUGUUAUGAAUUUUGUACGAGAAUUUGUGAUAAACAAUCCACUGUGUGUAUGCAGUGAAGAAAUUGCUUCAGUUAAAAAAGAUUUUAUUGGUGAAAAGGAUAAAAUGAAGUUAAAACAAGAUACGUCACAUAUCCUGCUGAAGGUCGUUCAAGAGCAGUACUUUAUGAAUCUCAAAAUCAUGGUGCCGGAUAUUUACCCAUUGGAACAAGUUGCGAUAGAGGCAUCGGAGAGCAAUUUUCCCAACCUGUUGAAAGUUUUCUUUGUAGGCCAAGCUGUUGAAAUAGCAAGAAAAUGUGUACAGCCUCCACUUAAACCAAAUAAAAAAGAUCCACCAUUCAAGCCAAGGGCUUCAUUAAGAGAGGUGUGUGAGUUUUUGAUCAAGGAUUGUGUAAAAAGAUAUCCAUUGGAAAAUUGUCCUUGCUGUAAGGACAGGGUAAUGCUACGUGAUCCAGAGGAAGUAGCAAAAGACCCAAGGAAAAGAGUAGAGCGUGUAUACUGCGGUCAUCUUUAUCAUCAUGGAUGUCUUGCAAAAUACAUGAAAACUCCACCAUUUAAAGACGGGAAAUUUUGUCCAAGCUGUGGUAAGAGAAUAUUUCAUGACAAGUGGAAAGUGACACCAGAAUUAGCAGAAGCCAGAUGGGCUCACAAGCAAGCAAGAGAACGAGAGUUAGCUGAAGUGACAGAUUUCUUAAGUUGAUGCCGAUUUGUUUUAGGAUAUUGUUAAAUACUCGUGAAUUUUACCUUGUUAACUAGAACACUAUCCUAUGAUCAUGGAUGCAUAUAAAAGUGUUUUUAAUCCCCCGCCAGAGUGUUGGAGAGUUAUAGGAAAUGGUCUCUGUCCGUCCAUCCGUAACAAUUGUGACAGCUCCAUAUAACGUAAACCCCUUGAAGGAUUUUCAUGAAACUUUGGUCAAAUGAUCACCUCAUCAAGGUGACGUGCAGAACUCAUGAGUCAGCCAUGUCGACUCAAGGUCAAGGUCAAAGGUUUGAGCCUUCCAUUUUUUGUCUGCUCUGUAUCUCCUAAACCCCUUUAAGGAUUUUCAUGAAAUUUAAGUCAGGGUCAAAUGAUCACCUCAUCAAGAUGAUGUGCAGAACUCAUGAGUCAGCCAUGUCAGCUCAAGGUCAAGAUCACAACUGAAGGUCAAAGGUUUGAGCCUUCCACUAUCCAUAACAGCAGCGGGGGAUAUAGCUGUCUUUCAGACUGCCUUGUAUUUUUAGUAGCUUGUUGAUGUUCAGCAGGACUACUAACUUCUGCUAGCUCGGCAUAAAAUAUGAUUGUAUGACAUAUUUUCAAGGUCAGUUUGCAAAGCGACAUAUCUUUCAUUAGAAAUUAUCAUCUAAAAGAGGUAAAGUAAAACAGAGUGUAAGAUGUAUUUACCAGUGAAUCAAUAACAACUGGCAAUAUUUGAAUACAUUUGUAUUUAGAUAUUUGGAAUGAAACUGGAUUAUCAGCUUAAAAACUUUACUAUUCUUUAUCAAACUUGGUUAAUCUGUCUCAACUCAUUUUUGACUCUCAAAUUUGGUAUGAAAUGAGUUUCAAACUUAAACUAAAAAAUGGUUUUUGCAGCAGUUGUGUGGACUUUCAUAUGCCAGUAAAACACAGUUUCUAUACUGAAAACUGUCGUUGUUUACUUCAGGGCACCAUUGCAAAAGUUCUCCAACAUUUGCUUCAUAACCAGUCACUGGCACCGAGUUGUCAUUUCAUAUAUUAGCUCGACUAUUCGAAGAAUAGGGGAGCUAUCCUACUUGCCCCAGCGUUGGCGUGAGCGUUAGCAUGAGCGUGAACGUCACACAAAUGUUAAAGUUUGCAUACCACCCCAAAUAUUUUCAAAGUCCAUUGAGAUAUUGCUUUGAUAUUUUGCAUACUUGUUUACCAUCAUGACCGCAGUAUGUAAAAAGGAGGAGGUAACACUAUCAAGCAUUUUGACUGAAUUAUGGCCCCUUUUCGACUUAGAAUAAAUGUUAAAGUUUGCGUACCACCCCAAAUAUUUUCAAAGUCCAUUGUGAUAUUGCUUUGAUAUUUUGCAUACUUGUUUACCAUCAUGACCCCAGUCUGUAAAAAGGAGGACGCAACUCUAUCAAGCAUUUUGACUGAAUUAUGGCCCCUUUUCAACUUAGAAUAAAUGUUAAAAGUUUGCGUACCACCCCAAAUAUUUUCAAAGUCCAUUGAGAUAUUGCUUUGAUAUUUUGCAUACUUGUUUACCAUCAUGACCCCAGUCUGUAAAAAGGAGGAGGCAACUGUAUCAAGCAUUUUGACUGAAUUAUGGCCCCUUUUCAACUUAGAAUAUGCUUAUUGUAAUGUUAAAGUUUUACUCAUAGCUUAUAUUAUACUAUCAAGCACUGAGAAUAGUCGAGCGCGCUGUCAACUGACAGCUCUUGCUCAUUUUCAUCUUCAUCGAUACAGAAUUGUUGUUCAGAAUAUAUGCCUUUACUUCUCCAUUGAUGCACCUUAACAACUAAGAACACCCACAACUAUAGUGCAGUGAACUCAUUCCCUCAUUGUAAACAAAUGUGAUACACAAUUUGAACUGAUGGAUAUAAGUUCAAAUUAAGGGAACAGAUUUCUUUUUAGCUCCCCUAUUGUGAUCACAGUGUGUCUGUUGUGCAUCUGUCGUCAACAAUAUCUUUAAAUGACAUCUCCUCCAAAACCACUGCAUGGAUUUUUAUGAAACUUGGCCUGAAUGUUCCUUGGGUGGUACUCUACCAAAGUUGUUUACAAGGUUCCGCUUGGUUGCACAUAGGAGCCACCAGAGCUUAAAAUAGAAACAUCUUCAAACAAUUUCUUUUCCUAAACUGCAGGUCCAAUUUUGAAAAAAUUUCAAACAUAAUGGUCCAUAUGUAACCAACUAAGAUUGUUCAGAUUGUUCCGAUUCGUCAAAAAACAUGGCCGCCAGGGGGGUGGUCACUUUUCCAUAUUUGUUUAUAGUGGAAACUUAAAAAUCUUCUUGUAUGAAACUGCUGGCUCAAUUUCAAAAUAAUUUUACACAAAUGGUCCUUGUGUGACCCUCCACCAAGAUUGUUCAAAUUUUUCCAAUUCAUUUAAAAGCAUUUCCGCCAGAGGUGUGGUCACUUUCCCUGUAUGUAUAUAGUAGAAUCUUUAAAAAUCUUCUUGUAUGAAACUGCUGGCCUGAUUUUAAAAUAAUUUCACACAAAUUGUCCUUGUGUGGCUUUCUACAAAAACUUCAUAUUAUUCUGAUCCGUCAAAAAACAUGGCCGCAAGAAGGCGUGGUCACUUUUCCCUAUAUGUAUAUAGUUGAAACUUAAAAAGAUUUUCUUGUAAGAAACUGCUGGCCCGAUUUUAAAAUAAUUUCACACAAUUGGUCCUUGUGUGACUUUCAACCAAGAUUGUUCAAAUUAUGUUAAUAAAUCUCCCCCCACGAGUGGUGGGGGGUUAUAGGAAUGGUCUCCGUCCGUCCUUGCGUCUGUCCGUAACACUUUGUGUCCGCUCCGUAUCUCCUAAACCCCUUGAAGAAUUUUCAUGAAACUUGGGACAAAUGAUCACCUCAUCAAGAUGAUGUGCAGAACUCAUAAGUCAGCCUUGUCAGCUCAAGGUCAAGGUCACAACUCAAGGUCAAAGGUUUUAGCUUUCCAUUUUGUGUCCGUUCUAUAUAUCCUAAACCCCUUGAAGGAAUUUUAUAAAACUUGAGUCAAAUUAUCACCUCACCAAAACGAUAUGCAGAACCCAUGAGUCAGAAAUGCCGGCUCAAGGUCAAGAUCAACUUAGGGUUAAAGGUUUGAACCUUCCAUUAUGUGUCCGCUUUGUAUCUCCUAAACCCCUCAAAGGACUUUCAUCAAACUUGGCUCAAAUGAUCACCUCAUCAAGGCGAUGUGCAGAACCCAUGAGUCAGCAAUGUUGGCUCAAGGUUAAGGUCACAACUCUGGGUCAAAGGUUUGAGCCUUCCCUUUUGUGUCCGCUCUGUAUCUCUUUAUCCCCUUGAAGGAUUCAUAUGAAACCUGGGUCAAAUGAUUACCUAUCCAAGACGAUGUGCAGAACUCAUGAGUCAGCCAUGCCGGCUCAAGGUCGAGGUCACAACUCGAGGUCAAAGGUUUUAGCCUUCCAUUUUGUGUCCGUUCUAUAUCUUCUAAACCCCUUGAAGGAAUUUUAUAAAACUUUGGUCAAAUGAUCAUCCCAUCAAGACGAUGUGAGUCAGUCAUGCCGGCUCAAGGUCAAGGUCACAACUUAGGGUCAAAGGUUUGAGCCUUCCAUUUUGUGGCCACUCUGUAUCUCGUAAACCCCUUGAAGGAUUUUCAUCAACUUAGGUCUAAUGAUCACCUCAUCAAGAGCUUAUGAGUCAGCCAUAUCAACUCAAGGUCAAGGUCACAACUCAAGGUCAAAGGUUUGAGCUCUGUAUCUCCUGAACCCCUUGAAGGAUUUUCAUGAAACUUUGGUCAAAUGAUCACCUCAUCAAGAUGAUGUGCAGAAUUCAUAAGUCAGCCAUGUCAGUUCAAGGUCAAGGUCACAGCUCAAGGUCAAAAGUUUACCCUUUCACUAUCCAUAACAGUGGCGGGGGAUUUAGCUGUCUUUCAGACUGCCUUGUUAGCUCACCUGUCACAUAGUGACAAGGUGAGCUUUUGUGAUCAUGCAGCGUCCGUCGUCCGUCCGUGCGUCAGUCCGUCCGUCCGUCCGUAAACUUUUGCUUGUGACCACUCUAGAGGUCACAUUUUUUGUGGGAUCUUUAUGAAAGUUGGUCAGAAUGUUCAUCUUGAUGAUAUCUAGGUCAAGUUCGAAACUGGGUCACAUGCCUUCAAAAACUAGGUCAGUAGGUCUAAAAAUAGAAAAACCUUGUGACCUCUCUAGAGGCCAUAUAUUUCACAAGAUCUUCAUGAAAACUGGUCAGAAUGUUCACCUUGAUGAUAUCUAGGUCAAGUUCGAAACUGGGUCACGUGCUGUCAAAAACUAGGUCAGUAGGUCUAAAAAUUGAAAAACCUUGUGACCUCUCUAGAGGCCAUAUAUAUCAUAAGAUCUUCAUGAAAAUUGGUCAGAACAUUCACCUUGAUGAUAUCUAGUUCAAGUUCGAAACUGGGUUACGUGCCAUUAAAAACUAGGUCAGUAGGUCAAAUAAUAGAAAAACCUUGUGACCUCUCUAAAGGCCAUAUUUUUCAUGGGACCUGUAUGAAAGUUGGUCUGAAUGUUCAUCUUGAUGAUAUCUAGGUCAAGUUCGAAACUGGGUCACGUGCGGUCAAAAACUAGGUCAGUAGGUCUAAAAAUAGAAAAACCUUAUGACCUCUCUAGAGGCCAUAUAUUUCAUGAGAUCUUCAUGAAAAUUGGUCAAAAUGUUCACCUUGAUGAUAUCUAGGUCAAGUUCGAAAAUGGGUCACGUGCCAUCAAAAACUAGGUCAGUAGGUCAAAUAAUAGAAAAACCUUGUGACCUCUCUAGAGGCCAUAUUUUUGAUGGGAUCUGUAUGAAAGUUGGUCUGAAUGUUCAUCUUGAUGAUAUCUAGGUCAAGUUCGAAAUUGGGUCACGUGCCAUCAAAAACUAGGUCAGUUGGUCAAAUAAUAGAAAAACCUUGUGACCUCUCUAAAGGCCAUAUUUUUCAUGGGAUCUGUAUGAAAGUUGGUCUGAAUAUUCAUCUUGAUGAUAUCUAGGCCAAGUUCGAAACAGGGUCGUGUGCGGUCAAAAACUAGGUCAGUAGGUCUAAAAAUAGAAAAACCUUGUGACCUCUCUAGAGGCCAUACUUGUGAAUGGAUCUCCAUAAAAAUUGGUCAGAAUAUUCAUCUUGAUGAUAUCUAGGUCAAGUUUGAAAGUGGGUCACGUGCCUUCAAAAAGUAGGUCAGUAGGUCAAAUAAUGAAAAAACGUUGUGACCUCUCUAGAGGCCAUACCCUUGAACGGAUCUUCAUGAAAAUUGGUCAGAAUGUUCACCUUGAUGAUAUCUAGGUAAAGUUCAAAACAGGGUCACAUACCUUCGAAAACUAGGUCAAUAGGUCAAAUAAUAGAAAAACCUUGUGACCUCUCUAGAGACCAUAUUUUUCAAUGGAUCUUCAUGAAAAUUGGUCAGAAUUUUUAUCUUGAUAAUAUCUAGGUCAAGUUCAAAACUGGGUCACAUGAGCUCAAAAACUAGGUUACUAUGUCAAAUAAUAGAAAAAAUGACGUCAUACUCAAAACUGGGUCAUGUGGGAAGAGGUGAGCGAUUCAGGACCAUCAUGGUCCUCUUGUUUUUCAUAAAACAUGGCCCCCACACAUUGACACUCUCAUGUCCUACAUGUUUCCCAAUAUCUAUACUAGAUAAUAUAUCAUUGCAUAUAAACCUAACUUUGUACUUGUACCAUUACAUUAUACAAACACACUUGAAGCCUUUUUACACAGGUGAACGCAUAAGGGUCAGUGACCCUCUAGUUUCUAAACAAAGGCUUUAACAUUGAGCAUAAUAUGAUACAUUGAUGGGAAAAUAGCAUGGAUAGACAUUCAAGUCGUACUUUGAAGAAAUACACCAAGCGCUUGAAAGGGAUAAAUCAAGUUGUUUCUGAACAAAUUUACUUUAAGAUUACACAUUACUGCAUGACUUGCUCAAGUGUUAUUGGCACUGUGCCAGAUAAUAUGCUAUUAGCACACUUCUUGUCCCAGGCAGAACAUCCACACAUUCUGACAUAGGUGUCAUAUAACAUUGUUUAUAAACUAUAAAAUUAUAAUAAAAAUAGUCAGUAUAUGACAGAGAUGUGCCUUCUGGCCAUAAUGGCAUACCUAGUUACUUAUUGUACCCCCCGACAACAAAGUUGUAAGGGGGGGGUAUACUGGUUUCAGGUUGUCUGUCCGUCUGUCUGUCUGUCUGUCUGUCCGUAGACACAAUCUUGUGCGCACCAUCUCUCCUCAUCCCCAUGACACAAUUUAAUGAAACUUCACACAAGUGAUCAGUAACAACAGUAGAUGUGCAUGGGGCAUGUUAGGUUCUUUCAACAACAAAAAUUGCAGAGUUCUGGGACUUUGUUUCUUGUUAACAUACUAUGUACAUACAGUCUGCAUAUGCAAUCUUGUGUGCGCCUAAUCUUCCGAACCCUUGCACACAAUUAAAUGAAAUGUCACACAAGUGAUCAGUACCAACCCUAGUUGUACAUGGUGCAUGUUAUGUUCUUUUAGAUAAAUAUUCUACAUAGUUAUGGGACUUUCUUUUUUGUUACUAUACUGUAUACAUACAGUCUAUAUACAUACAGUAAAACAUAAUUAUGCAUCUUGUGUGCGUCAGAUUGCAAUGUACUGUGUCAGUGCAUGCAGGGAGUACAUUCAUCACCUUUAGUGAUAGCUCUAGUUUUCCCUGUGGCUAAACCAUUCAGGCCAUUACUGCCCUAGAUGUGCCAUUAUUACCAGAAGGCAUAUGGUAGUUGAAUGUUAACAUUAUUAUUUGCAUAGUUGUUCAAAACAUUUCCUAUGAGUGCAAGGCUGUUUUCUAUAUAAUGCUUUAUAUGGAAGACAAGUUUUGAGAAGUAGAACUUAGUUAAAAAUGAUUUGUUUUAAAAAAGUAAAUAAUGUUAAAAACAUUAUGUUUGAUAUUUAUUUAUUGUGAAAUUAUUAAUAUUGUUAAAAGUAGCAUUGCUACAAACAGCUGUGUGAAUAUAUAUUGAUUCAGGCUUUUAAAGAGUGACCAGGUGUUUACAUGCUGUAGGUCUAUGCUUUAUUGAUACAAUUUUACAUAUUAUCUUAAACAGUGAAUAUGUUGUACGUAUAUUUGAAUGAAAGAGAGUGAAAGCGAUAAGAUUCCCAUUAUAUAACAAAAUUUGAUGCUAACAUACUGUGUGAUAAAAUGUCUUAUGGAGAGAAAAAGAAUAAUUAUUUAAAAUUAAAAAAGCUUUACUUGUUUUUUGUGUAAAACAGAAAAUUCAAAACUAACUUUAGGAAACCUUUUAAUCUGUUAGUAAAUGAAAAGCAAAACCAAUGUGGUGCAUUAAGUUUUAAGCAAUUUGUAAAUAUACUGGAAGAUUAGCAUGGCUAUAUAGAUUAUCUUCUAUAAAUAAAGAUUUUACCUACUUAUUUACUUUCUUUUUUUACUAAAUUAUUGUAAAACACUUCUGUAGUCUGUAAAAUAUAUGCAGAUGAGAUCACAAGGGGAUGAGCAAAUGAAUUUACCAGGCGCUGAAUGAUCCGGACAUAUAAAAUAGAAGGAUUUUGAUUUGGGUUUUACGGCACACCAACACAGUAUAGGUUAUAUGGCGCCAAACAGGACUACAAAUUUUGGUCUCAUGUACAUUGAAAUAAAAACAUGAUGUAUGGAAUCAAAAUUUGCAUACCUGCUGGAAUCACAGAGAUACAGCAAAACAAAGUGUUAAGACCCUAUUAGUCGCCUCUUACGAUCAUGCAAGGGUAAGACAGUGGUUCCAAUUCUAGUCAUAUACAGAAAAAGUUUCAGAGGUACAUAUGAGCUGUAUGUGGUGUUUCACCAUUGAUGCUCAAGGGAGCAGUGUUUCACUUUUGGUACUUGAGCAAGCAGUGUUUUGCUAUUAAUGCUCAAGCAAGCAGUGUUUCACCAUUGAUACUUGAGCGAGCUGUGUUUCACCAUUUAUGCUUGAGCGAGCAGUGUUUCACCAUUGAUGCUGGAGUGAGUGGUGUUUCACCUUUGGUACUUGAGUGAGCAGUGUUUCACCAUUGAUGCUGGAGUGAGCAGUGUUUCACCAUUGAUGCUUGAGUGAGCGGUGUUUCACCAUUGAUGCUUGAGUGAGCAUGUUUCACUAUUGAUACUUGAGUGAGCGGUAUUUCACCAUUGAUGCUUGUGUGAGCGGUGUUUCACCAUUGAUGCUUGAGUGAGCGGUGUUUCACCAGUGAUACUUUAGUGAGCGGUGUUUCUCCACGAAAUUGCCGUUUUGACCCAAACCACGAAAUUUCAUGCACACGAAAUUAAAUGAUUUUACAGUAUAUUGUAUAAAAUGCAUAGUGAUAUAUGAUGCAAAAUAGAAUGCAAUUAAAUACAUGUUCCUGGAGUCAAGGAUAUAAUUUAGUGAGUUUUGUACUAUGGAUAGGUCCAAACUUAAUUUCUGUUGAAAAUUAUCUAUUGAAUACAUACAUACCAUACAUCAUGGUCAAGUGGUUAAGGUGUCUGCCACAGGAAUAAGAAGUCAUAGAGGAUAUUUGUUUGUUUUAGUGUAAGAUCGAAAUAUAUUUCAACGAGUGAACACUAUAAUGCAAUAUUGAAAUAUAUUUCAACGAGUGAACACUAUAAUGCAAUAUCGAUAUAUAUUUUUUAACGAGUGAACACUAUAAUGCAAUAUUUUAACGAGUGGCACAGCCACGGGUGAAAAUGUAAAUUAUGGUGUUCACAAGUGAAGUAUAUUUCGAUCUUACACUGAAACAAACAAAUUUUCUAUUUAUUUUAUGCAUUUUUAUGCAAAUUAUAUCCAGUUUGUCUGCACAACGUCACUUGCAUCUCAUCAUGAUAUCAUAAUAUUGUGACGUCAGAAUAUCUUUGUAGAAAAAAUGUAAAUAGUUCUAUAAUGUUUCCUGAUUUCUUUUACAUUUAUUUAUAAUAGAAUGUAAAUAUUUA